AUGGGAAACGAGAACGGGCGACGGUUGAUCAGGCGUCUCGCUGCAGCGGCGGCGACAGAUUAUGAGUACGACGACGACUUCGCAUUUGUGCGAAAAUCGAAGAGAAUUAAGAUGGACAAGACAGAUGAACCGAAGCCAGAAGUAGUGCUAGAGCCAAAGGCAGAGCCAGUGAAGAAGCCUACAAAUGGACGACCUGCGGCGAAGCAACACGCUGUUAAGGCACCGACGACUAAUGGAACGAUUGUGGAAGAGGAGCCACCCGAGAAAGAAAUGAACGCGAUGACACAGCCCACGGCGAGGAAGAGCAGCAGACAAAAAGCGAGUGCCAACGCGUCGGUUGGGCGAGAAAUUAACGUCACUAAGAGACCAUCAACCAGGAGGAGCACGAGACGAUCUGGGGAAGCACAGGGGGAAGAAGCUCCUCAACCAGCACCAGCAUCCAUACCAGAACCCGAGCCUGAAGCAGCGCCAACUUCCCAUGUCAAUGAAGCGUCUAAGAAACGCGGAUCCCGCGCAAAACCUCCUAGACCGCCUCUGGACUGGGAUAAAUCGCCGCAACGCAAACCGCCUGUGCAGUCAGUCACAAUUGCUCUGCCUAUGAGCGAUACGCCCAUCAUUAACAGAAACAAGGAGAUGCGGAAGAAGGGGGGCAAUAGCAACAGGCGGAGCAGCUUGGGUAAUCGCGGAAGAAGGGCGAGCUCUUUGAUCGAGAGCGGCCAAACAGCAAUACCCCACAGAGAAGUCAAUCCGGCGGAUUUCUACAAACAUAUUGAAGCCGAAGGCUUGACAGAGCCUCGGCGUAUGAGACAACUGUUAACCUGGUGUGGCGAGCGCGCUCUGGCAAAGAAGCCUCCUCAUGGCGCACCGAAUUCUAAUGCUAUUUUGGGUGCUCGUGCUAUUCAAGACAAACUGCUAAAAGACUUUGCGGCUCGAUCUGAGUUUUCGGACUGGUUUAAUCGAGAGGAUGACGCGCCAAAAGUUCCUGUAGUGUUGAGGCCCAACCCCAGAAACAUGGAGUUGGACGAGAAACUGGCCAAACUGGUAAUCGACAUCAAAAGAUUACAAGAUGAGAAGAAGGCAUGGCAAGCAAUACGAAAACCACCGCCUGAGCAACCGCCUCUCUUCUCCGAAGGCGAGACUGGGCGUAUUGUUCUACCAGACUUUGAUCUAUUAGAUCCCGACGAAGGCAAGAUCAGGGGAUUCCUGGCAGACGAGACAGCAUCAUUCGAUGCUGUUCGGUCUGAGGCAGAAUCAAGGUUGCGGACUAUUCAGUCGUCACUCGAGUUUCAGGUCGACCAACUUGCCGACAACGUUCACAGGCUCGAGCAGCGGGUUCUGGUUGCGGGCAAAGAAGCGGAUAAGGUCCUUAGUGCCAGUGCCCUACGACUUCGACAACGUGAGGAGCGGGAGAAGGCGAGCGCAGGAACAAGGGACAUGCCAGUCAUCGAGGUUCUAAGGAGCCUAGGGAAUAUUCUACCUAAAGGAGGCGGGUAA